AUGCGAGAGUGGCUACCGGAAGCUAUGCGUGCGCAUGCUGACCGCGUGAAGCACUUGGAAGAGACUGCCGACAAGGCCAUUGCUGACUUCCACCGCCUGCCCUGCGUGUUUGACCGCUUGAAGCGCUCCAUCACUGAUGUCAUCGACCUCGAGUCGCCGUCGCCCGCCAAGGUCACUAAGAAGAAUGCCAGUGAGGAGAACAUUGUGAAGAACCCGCAGUGGUCUGAUCAGCAACAUGAAUCUCAAGACACCUUUCCGCGAGUGGGGGCCAAGCCUGAUGAUGAUGAGGCUCGGCAGAUCAUGAAGAAGCCAGCCGCAGCCAAGGAUAAGGAGUGGCAGAGUGUCAAGUAUGUUCGAGAAGCAGGUGGUGAAGCGGAUCCUAUCCGGCAAGAUCAAUGCAUGUGGGCAAGAUCCCUUGUGGAGUUGCUCACCGCGACCACUUCGGAGUUGGUUGAGAUCCGACGCGAAGAUGGAUUGCUUCCAAAGUGGGACCACAAGGAGAAGGAGAAGGACAUUGAGCUUGGUGGUGAAAGCCGCUGGACGGAUGUCGAGGCGGAUGAGACGACCUUCGCGAAGAAGAAUGUGGCCGAGCUUGUCGAGGUGGACUGGACCCCCAUUGCGAGCGAGCUCUUGGACCAGAAGGUGAUCCUCCACACGGACGCCGCAAAGUCCUACAAAACGAAGAUUCGCGGAGCGCUGCAUGACCACGUGGUUCAUUGCAAGAAGCGGGGGAAGAAGAACGGGAAGUGGAAGUGGACUCCGCCAUGCUACGUCAAGAUCGCGAAGCAUAAGGAACUGCUGAAGCUGAACCCUGCGGAGCUGCAGCAGCUCCGCCAGGAGUGCCGGGAGCGGUUGAUCCCCAAACCCGCGGGCUCCACGGAGAAGUUGCCGAAGGACUACAACCCGCGCCCGCCGGUGCUGCGCGCCGACUGCCCGCUGCCUGUGCGGCAGCACCUGGCGAGUGUAGGGCGACGCUUGGGCCACAGCCAUCCCGUGCACAUCUUCGCCGGCGGGCCGACGACACUGCCCUCCCAGGUGCCCCCGCUGAGCCUGGCCAUCAUGGCGCCCCACUGGGCGCAGAUGGCCCCCAGCGCCGCGGACCUCGCCGCGGCCGCUUCCGCCGCUGCGGCCGCUCCGCCGCAAGCGGCGCCAGCGGCGGAGGCGGCGCCCGAGGCGGCGCCGGAAGACGAAGAGGCGGCGCCGGCCAAGAAGGAGCCAAAGAAGGACAUGGUGGCGUUGCGGCUGCUGGGCUUCGAGGCGUCCAAAAAGAUCGCGGUGGUGAAGGAGGUGAGGGCCAUGCUGGGGGCGGGCCUCAAGGAGUCCAAGGAGAAGGUCGAAUCUGCGCCGGUCACCCUGAAGAAAGGCGUUCCGAUCGCUGAUGCCGAGGCGCUCGCUGAGAAGCUGCGGGCGUUGGGCGCGGAGGUGGCCUUGGAGUGA